UCUCCAGGAUCCCUCUCUCCCUCUUUCUCUAUCUCACUGAAGAGAACAGAAUCCAGAGCCGUCAUGUCGUCCAGUUUCUCAGUGCGGAGCUUCUCUGUGGGCCGUCAGCCCUCUUUCUCAAGCCUGUCUCUGAGAGACAGCGGCCGUGCCCGCUCCAGAGCUGCCGUGUCCUUUGCCACCAGCCCCCUGACCCGCUCCGCCUCCGUCAGCCAUGACCUGAACGGAGUUCCAGUCACCCUGAACCUCAAUGGGCAGCUGGGCAACCACACCAACGAGAAGGAGGCCAUGCAGGGCCUCAACAACCGCCUGGCCACUUACCUGGACAAGGUGCGCUCCCUGGAGACGUCCAACGCAGACCUGGAGCUGAGGAUCAAGCAGAUAAUGAUUGAGCGCAUCCCUAAAGGUCACGACUUCGAAACCAUGAUGGCCCAGGCCCACCAGGUGGAAAAGGAGGUGAGGAAGAAGACACUGGAGAACGCUCGCCUCAUGCUGGAGAUUGACAAUGCUAAACUGGCAGCUGACGACUUCAGGAUCAAGUGGGAGACAGAGUUGUGCAUGUCCCAGUCUGUGGAGAGGGACUGUUUGGCCCUGAAGAAGGCCAAGGUGGACCAUGAUCAGAUCAUCGGAUCCCUGAAAGGAGACCUGGACAGCCUGAAGGAAGAGAUCUACUUCCUGAAGAAGAACCAUGAGGAGGAGGUGGAGUCUAUGAAGGGCCAUAUUGCUGCUCAGACUGUGACCGUGGAGGUGGACGCAGGCCGUGGUGGACCUGAACUGGGCACAAUAAUGUCAGAGCUCAGAACUCAGUACGAGGGCAUCGUCAAGAAGAACAAGGACCAGGCUGAGCAGUGGUACCUCAAGAAGCUGGAGAUGGUGCAGAACGAGGUAAAGGAGUCUAACGAGGCUCUCAGGGGGGCUCAGAGUGACAUGGUGGAGAGACAACGCUUCCUACAGAACCUGGAGGUGGAGCUGGAGAGUCUGCACAAACAGGUGUCAGCUCUGAAGGGUAACCUGGGGGAGACAGGUCAGAAGUACAGCCUGGAGAUGGAGCGUCUGCAGACCACGCUGUCCCAGCUGGAGGAGGACCUGUCUCAGCUGCGUCUGGACAUGCAGCGCAACAAGACGGACUAUGAACAGCUGCUCCGCAUCAAGCAGAACUUAGAGCUGGAGAUCGCCACCUACAGGAGACUGCUGGAGGGAGAGGAGACGAUUAAAGAAGCGCCAUCACCAAAACAGGAGCCGGAUGUGCGGACCAGGAAGAUAGUGAAGGUGGUAACUCAGACUAUGAUCAACGGCCAGGUGGUGGAUGAGUCCAGCGAGGUGGAGCAGAUACAGGAGGAGGUGAAGAAGAAGAAGAAGUGAGGGACCUCAUCAUCAUCAUCAUCUUCAUAUAGCCUCGUUAUUGUUAUUUUAUUGUGUUCUUUUUUAAAUUAAUUUUU